AUGAUUAAAGCAAUUACAGUGAAAAACUGGAAGUAUAGACAGGCUGGAAGUGAGAAAUGGAAACAAGGACGCAAGGAUGCUGCAAAGAGUGAAAUACAGGCUGAGCUAAUUGCAAAUAACGAAAUUCCAAGUCCAUUUAUCGACUGCCAUGCCCGCGAUAUCCAGUGGGUUGGAGAGAAAGACUGGGAAUACCAGUCUGAGUUCCAGGUGCCAAAGGAAGACCAAAAAAAGAGAGUCCAAAUUCUUGAGUUUAAUGGUUUGGACACUUUCUGUACUGUGAAUCUCAAUGGUGAAGAGAUUUUGAAGACUGAUAACAUGUUCAUCAAGUAUAGUGUCGAUGUCACUAAGAAGUUGAAAUACGACGAGCCUAACAAGUUACAUCUCUAUUUUAAGAGUGCUCUUGUGGAGGCUCGGAGACUUGAAAAGAUUCACGGAAAGGGACAUAGCUUCAAUGGCGAAGUGUCACGUACCCAAGUGAGAAAAGCCCAAUAUGGAUGGGGAUGGGAUUGGGGUGAUGCUGUUAUGACUUGUGGACCUUGGCAACCAGUGAGAUUGCUCUCAUAUGAUGCACAUUUGAGGGAUGUCUAUGUAAAGGUUGUCGAUCCAAACGCACAAGAGUCAAAAAUCGACGUUCAGGCUGAGAUUGAUGCUCCUAAAUCGGCAGAUAUCUUACUCGACGUCAAGGUUUGGGGACCAAACGGCAAUGAAAUUGAGAUAGAGCCAAAGAAACAGCUUGUUUCAGGAGCAAAGUUGUCGGUCAAGUUUCCAAUCAAGGAACCUGAGUUAUGGUUCCCACGUGGAAAGGGUAAGCAACCACUUUAUACGUUUGAAACUACUCUUUAUUCUUCAGACGGCACCAUUUUGGAUAAGACUACAAAGAAAGUUGGAAUCCGGAAUGUGGAGUUAGUCCAAGAGCCAUUGGAAGACGCUGAAGGUACCAGUUUCUAUUUCAAGGUGAAUGGUGUUCCAGUUUAUUGUAACGGAUCGAACUGGAUUCCAGGUCACUCCAUUCCAUGCCUUUUCACGGACGAUGAUUACAAGAAGUGGAUCCAGUUGGCAGUGGACGGAAACCAGAACAUGAUUCGUGUUUGGGGUGGUGGAUACUACGAGGAUGAAUUAUUCUACUCAGAAUGUGAUCGUCUAGGAAUAAUGGUUUGGCAGGAUUUCAUGUUUGCAUGUGCUGCAUACCCUGCAUACCCAGAAUUUAUAGCCAGCGUUCAAAAUGAGGUUGAAACUCAAUUGAAAAGGUUGAGAAACCACUGUUGUUUGAGUAUUUUUGCUGGAAACAACGAAGAUUAUCAGGUGGCCGAGAGCUGCAAUUUGGAUUGGGACAAGGAUGACCAUUCUGGUGAUUACACUAAAACAUCUUUCCCAGCAAGAACCAUUUAUGAAAAGACCUUGCCAGAGUUGUGCGCCAGACUUCAGCCAGAUGUUCCUUAUCACCCUGGUUCACCUUGGGGAGGUAAGGAUACAUCAGAUAAGACUGUUGGAGAUAUUCAUCAGUGGAAUGUUUGGCAUGGAAGUCAAGAGCAAUAUCAAAACUGGUACAAGCUUGGCGGACGUUUUGUUUCUGAGUUUGGCAUGGAAGCCCUCCCAUCUAUAAAAACUUAUGAAGACUGUAUCACCGAUCCAACUGAACUUUACGCUCAAAGUGAAAGUGUUGACUUCCACAACAAGGCUGAUGGAUUCGCUCGGAGAUUGGCUUUGUAUGUCAUCGAGAACUUGAAACUUCAGGGUGAUGACUUUGAAAGCAUGAUUUAUACAACCCAGUUAAUGCAAGCUGAGUGUUUAAGUUAUGCUUACAAGUGUUGGAGGAGGAGAUGGUAUGGUGAUGGAAAACGUUAUUCCGGAGGAGCAAUCGUUUGGCAACUUAAUGAUUGUUGUCCAAUUGCUUCCUGGGCUAUUGUUGACUUCUAUGGUCGUCCAAAGUUGUCCUUCUACGCUGUCAAACGUGAGAGCACUGAUGUUGGUGUCGGAAUGUAUAGGAAUGAAGACUCUAAUCACGACAACGACUCAGAAUCCGGCAUCGGCAAACCUCAUAAUUACGAAAUUCAUAGUUACAACGUGGAUAUAUGGGGAGUCAAUGCUUCUUUGAAGAAUAUUCCUGCAAAACUUCUUGUCGAUGUUUAUGAAGUCGAAAGCGGCAAACUUAUCAACAGCUUGACACCAGCAGAUGUCGUCCUCAAAGCCAAUCAGACAACUGAGUUUGUGAAAGCUUUGCACUUACCUAAAGGAAAGAAAGUUGUUGUGUACUCCCGUGUUGAAGUUGAUGGUAAAAUUUUGGCAACGGCUGCUGACUGGCCCCAGCCACUCAAAUACUUGAAAUUCCCAGAUCGCCAUGUCGGUUAUGAAAUUUUAGAUGGCUCAAUCACAUUGACAGCAAACAAGCCUGUUAAGGGUGUUCAAGUCACCGUCAAGAACAGAGAUGUUUUCCUUCAAGAUAACGGGUUUGAUAUUUUCCCCGGCGACAAAGUUGUUGUUAAAGGUGACAUUAAGAAGACUGACAACAUUGGUAUCCGUUACUAUAAUAUGUAA